GAAUUACGAAAAACAGCUGUAGCCGGAGUUAUUUCGGUUAGCACGGUUGACCUAGAAAUGUACCUCGCAAAAUAUAAUGCCAUCAUAUCUCAUGAACUCAGAAUUGUAAAGUCAUAUGAUUUGUGGAAU